CGUGUAAGAGGACACCUCACAGACUGGGUCUUCUGCAUUUAUUCUCAUUCAUUAGUGCCUGAACAAUCUGAACGUUUAAUAUAAGAUAAUAGGAUAUACUUAGUCUGUUUAGCAUUUUGUACUGAGAAUGACUACUUCAGGCGUAGAUACGAAAACACUUUGCUUAUUCGAUGUCGACGGAACAUUAACAGCAGCUCGACAAAGGGUCACCCCAGAGAUGGAGGAGUUUUUGGCACAACUACGACACAAAGUAAGAGUAGGAGUUGUGGGUGGGUCAGACUACAGCAAGAUUAAAGAACAACUAGGGGAUGACGUGUUGGAUAAAGUUGAUUAUGUGUUUGCUGAAAAUGGACUGGUUGCCUACAAACAAGGACAGCUGCUCUCUGUGCAGAAUAUUCAGGCAUAUUUGGGUGAGGAGCUGCUGCAGGAUUUAAUUAAUUUUUGUCUCAACUACAUGGCAAAGAUACAACUACCCAAGAAGAGGGGGACUUUUAUUGAGUUUCGUAAUGGAAUGUUGAACAUCUCCCCAGUGGGCAGAAGCUGCAGCCAAGAAGAACGAAUUGAGUUCUUUGAGCUUGACAAAAGAGAGCACAUCAGAGAGAAAUUUGUUGCAGUUUUACAAAAAGAAUUUGCAGGAAAAGGUCUGACGUUUUCAAUAGGUGGCCAGAUCAGUUUUGACGUGUUCCCUGAGGGCUGGGAUAAGCGUUAUUGCUUGGGAAUCGUCCAGAAAGACUUGUAUGAUACUAUCCACUUCUUUGGAGACAAAACCAAACCUGGUGGCAAUGACUACGAGAUCUACUCGGACCCCAGGACCAUUGGGCAUGAAGUAACAUCCCCUGAAGAGACCAAGUGCAUCUGUGAAGAGCUCUUCUUCAAAUGAGGGCUGCUUCCAGAGCGAAGGACAUUGCCGUAGGGUACAGGACACAAGAGCGGUCCUCUUCACAACUGAGAAGACCUUGAAUGCAGCUAAUGAAUUUGAGUUCAGCCACUUUUUUAUUAAUCCCAUCUGGAAAUUGUAGUUACAAAGAGAAAUAGAAAUAUAUGUACACAUGUACCUGUGGAUAUGUAAAGAGGUUUAUGGAACACAUUUCCCAGUUGGGUACAGAACCAACAAAAUGUUUGAUUACACUUGCUGGAAGCUAGUCGCUGGUACAGUAACUAUUAUUUACCCAUUGGUAAUUGCCAGUACUUUAAUACAAACGUCACAUUCUCAUUUGUUUAGGUGAAAAGCAUAUGCUAGAUGGGUAAAUAAUAGGACAAUAUAUGCAAAAGUGCCAAAUGGAGUGCUCCUGUCUCUGUCAUGGAUUGUUAGAACUAUAUAUUCUACCUCUCAAGAUGAAUUUUAGUGUGUGUGUAAGCGCAGACUACAAUUCAACACUGGUCAUCUCGGCUGAAUCCGAGUGAAGAAGGUUACAAAUAUCCUGGAUGUAAUAUGACACCAUCUGCUGGCAAUUUCAAUAUGUGUGAAUUAUAAAGUUACUGUGGCAGCUGGUAAUACAUGUGGUUUGAGGGACACAAAAAACCCAUAUCUACUGGUGGAGUCUGUAAUUACUGGUUUAAUGGGGUGUUUUUAUAUAGAUUUAAUUUUUUUAAAAAUACAUUUCUUUUAAUAUCAUGCAUUCAGAUUGUUUCUAGUUUACUCCAUGUAUGGUAACCUGCUAAAUUUAAGGUGAAGAUGUUUUUACUUAAAUAAACAAUUAU